AUGAAAUUGCUACUCUUAACUAUUUUAGUCAAGUUAAUAGAGUGUAGAAAUUACUCUAGUAGUUCUGAUGACGAAAGUGACAGUGAUAGCGUAAUUGGUCCAAUUUUUGCCUUUUUGAUUGGUUUUGUUAUGAUAGUUUCUGCAUUCCCUUGUUUAUGGUUUAAUGAGAGAAGGUAAAUUAUAUCAACAUAAUAAGAAUGGCUAUAUCUGAGACAAGGUUGUUAGCUGCAAGAAGGACUUGUUAAUCAGUCAAUGCUGCUGAAAUUGACCCUCGUAUGGAAGGUCAAUUAAUUCAUGUCAAAGGAAAAUUAACAACAAAUGACGUUAUCACUGAUCCUCAAUUUGAUUUAGAAGUUAAAAACUGUGUAAAACUGAGAAGAAAAGUAGAAACUUAUUAAUGGGUUUAAAAAUCUAGAGAAGAGGGAAGCAAAAAGAAUAAAAGAACUGUAUAUUACUAUGAAAGUGAAUGGUCAUCAAAGAUUCAAGGAUCAUAUCCUAAUCAUGAAAAUAGACGUGAAGAUUUAACAGUCUAAGAUUAAGAAUUUACAGCUGAAAAUGUCUAUAUUGGUGCUUAUAAACUAACUGAUUAUCUUAAAAGCAAAGCUGUAGAUUACAUUUAAGUAGAUUCUAUUUCAUAAUAACAUUGUGAAUCAGCUAAAAUGGAAUUUUUAAGCAGAACUUAAAUAUAUAUGUAUAUUAUUAAUCUAAUUUUCUAGCAAUUAUGAUGGAAAAUAUAUUUAUUUUAGAAAAUCUGAAAAUUAGGAUUCAAUAGGUGAUUAACGAGUAUUAUUUGAAAAAGUACCUUGUAAUUAUGCUGCCAUUGUAGCAAGAUAAUAUAAGGAAUCAUUCAAACCUUAUUUAUUUAAGGAUUCAUAUUCAGAAGAUGUUAAUUAAGAUUAUAUUAAAAAUCCAGAUAUGUUAAAGAGUUUAAAUAAAUUCCAUGAAUUGAGUGAAGAAGAAUAACCACUUAAUUAAAUUGAUCCAUCAAAAGAAGUUUCAUCAAAUAUUUUUAAAUCUUUUGAAGCACCUUUAAAUUAUAUUAAUUGGUACUUCAAUAGAAGUUUCACUUUAGAUUAAUGCUUCAAAGCUUAAUUAAAUAGUUUAGUUGGAAUAGUAUGGUUAUGUAGAUUUGGAGGUUAUUUAUUAUUUGUAAGAAUAUUAAAUUUUAUUAUAGUUAUUUGGAUUUGUUUUGGUAUUCACUCCAAUAACCACUUUAUUAUAUUAUAUUCCAUUAUUGGGUGGAUUCUUAUCCAAGUUGACUGGAAUUUUGUUGGCUAUCUUGAGUGGAAUGAUAUCUAUGCCAUUAACUUUAGGUACCAUUGGAAUUUCUUGGCUAUAUUAUAGACCAAUCAAAGGUUUAAUUUAUUCCUCUAUGGCCAUAAUAUCAGGAGUUGCAUGUUAUAGAUUUAUUCUGAGCAAUUGA